AUGAACGAAAAUCUAUUCUCCUCUUUUAUCACACCAACAAUACUAGGCAUGCCUAUUGCAAUUAUCAUUAUCAUAUUCCCCGCUAUACUAUACCCCAACCCAAAGCGAUUAAUUAAUAACCGAGUAGUUGCCCUUCAGCAAUGAUUAAUUAAACUAAUUCUAAAACAAAUAAUAUUAAUUCACUCUACCAAAGGACGAACUUGAUCUUUAAUAUUAAUCUCACUAAUCUUAUUUAUUGGGACAACCAAUUUAUUAGGGCUAUUACCACACUCCUUCACCCCUACUACUCAACUAUCUAUAAACUUAGGUAUAGCAAUCCCUCUUUGAGCAGGGGCUGUAAUCCUGGGCUUCCGUCAUAAAACAAAAAUAUCUUUAGCCCACUUCCUUCCCCAAGGCACACCUAUUCUCCUUAUCCCUAUACUAAUUGUAAUCGAAACAAUUAGCCUAUUUAUUCAACCAAUAGCCUUAGCAGUCCGUCUGACUGCUAAUAUUACUGCUGGACAUUUAUUAAUACAUCUAAUUGGAGGAGCAACCUCCGCACUACUUACAAUUAGCCCUCCAGCAGCUUUAAUAACAUUCAUUAUUCUUCUCCUCUUAACCAUUCUUGAAUUCGCCGUUGCACUAAUUCAAGCCUAUGUAUUUACACUACUAGUUAGCCUUUACCUACAUGAUAAUACUUAA